AUGAAACCAAGACCGGCCGACGGUCAGUGGGAUUGGCGCGAAAACCUGACGGCUUGGGCGGAUAUGUGGUCUGACCAGGCCAAGCUCGAGCAGCAGAUUAUUGCCGACGCGGAAGCCACCUUACUCGGGCAGAUCUUCCACUUUGUGCACCCAAACUACUGGGGCUACGUGCACAAGGAGUGCCUGGAGCUGAACGGCACCUACAGCCAGUUCACCAACCCCAUGCUCGGCUCCGUCUACCUGGUGACCGGCUUCACCUACGAGCUCAUCUACAUCCCGGUGCUGAUCGCCAUGAUGAACAAGGAAUUCUUUCAGCAUGCCUGCUACAAAAUUAUGUUCGCCAUGGGCAUAAUGGAUAUUAUCAGCUUGGUGCCAAACGCUCUAUUGGCCGGUUACUACCUAUUCGUGGGCGGCUCCAUCUGCACGUACCCGCUGCUGAACGUCUGGCUCGGCUUCAUCGCUUACGCGUUCUGGUGCGGCUAUUGCUCGUGCGCCAUUUUGUUGGGGCUGAACCGGACGCUCGAUUUCGGAUGGCCAAGACUGGCUGAGUCGCUCUUCAAAGACUGGCGCGUCUACGUGUGGCUCGGGUUGGGCCCGGUGGGAUACGUGAUGUUCGUCCUCCUCACCGACGUCCCCUCGCAGUUCAACCCGAUUAUGGGUGGAUACUUCUUCGACAUUGACAUCUUCAAACCCAUGGAGGCGAAUACUAUCCACAUGGUCAACAACCUCGUGGUGACGACGGUGGCGUCGAUUCUUAACGUGAUGAUGGUGUCAUUCCUGGUCCGCCUCUACCGCAAGAGCUCCGUCGGCGUGUCGACCAUGCAGAAAGUCGUGGUCAUCCAGUGCCUCUCCAUUUGCAUCGUCAUGAUGAUCGCAUCGGGCAUCUACUGCUUCAUGCAGUUUAUCCCGGUGCCCGUCUUCUUCGUCGUCAUCUCCACGAUGAUGUGGCAGUUUUCAAAUGGAGCGCCCGGCGUGAUGUACGUGGUCGUCAACCGCUCGAUCCGCACGGCCGUCUUGACGAUGCUCGGCAUCCGCAAAGAUACCAAAACCGGACACCUGGCCAGCACAGCUUCCGGGAACAAGGUCGGCUCCGUGUCGGCCGCCAAAAAGGACAAAGACUCCGAUGCUGUCGAGGACAAAUUU